CAUGCGCUAAUCCGGUAUUUAAGGUCUGGUUUGGGGGGAAAUAGAAGCAGGGCCUGUGCGCAUGGGAGGGGAAGUUCUAUACACAGAAAGUAAAUCCUGGUGUGUUGAAGUGAUCCAAGUUCAGUUUAGAUAAAGUCUUAGUUGAAUAUUUGCAAGUAAAACUGACUCAGACUCAGCCGCAGCCGUGCGUAAAAUCUUGGCAAACAGGUUUCCGGACAAUGUUUCAGCGCUGCUUUUUGGUUCUUUUGGGCGCGGUGGUCGUGAGCGCCCAGUUCCCCAGAGAGUGUGUGACACCCGAGGGACUCCGCAGUGGACAGUGCUGCCCGUCACCCUCUGGACUCGACAACGAUCCGUGUGGCGCCAGUACGGGGCGCGGACAGUGCGUGUCCAUCGCAGUGGACGCUCGCCCGCACGGCCCUCAGUACCCGCACGACGGACGGGAUGAUCGUGAGCGAUGGCCCGUCCGUUACUUCAACCGUACCUGUCAGUGUAACGGAAACUUCAGCGGUUAUAACUGCGGACGCUGCAGACACGGAUGGACGGGGGCAAACUGUGACCAGAGAGUUCCUGUCGUGAGGAGAAACGUGAUGCAGCUCAGCGCGGACGAGAAGCGUGCGUUCGUGAACGCGCUGGACCAGGCCAAGCGCAUGGUGCACCCCGACCUGGUGAUCGCCACGCGGCGCUAUCAGGAGAUCUUCGGGCCCGACGGGAACACCGUGCAGUUCCAGAACGUCACCAUCUACAACUACUUCGUGUGGUCCCACUACUUCUCGGUCAGCAAGACGUUCCUGGGUGCGGGGCAGGCCAGUUUCGGGGGAGUGGACUUCUCACACGAGGGGCCCGGUUUUGUCACUUGGCACAGGUACCACCUGCUGCAGCUGGAGAGAGACAUGCAGGACAUGCUGCAAGACCCGUCCUUCGCCCUGCCCUACUGGAACUUUGCCAUCGGUGGGAGCACAUGUGACAUCUGCACCGACGACCUGAUGGGAGCCAGGAGCAGCUUUGAUAUGAAUUCCCUGAGCAGCAACUCUAUCUUCUCCCAGUGGAGGGUCAUCUGCGAGAGCGUACAAGACUAUGACACACUAGGAACCAUCUGCAACAGCACUGAGACUUCCCCCAUCAGAAGGAAUCCAGCAGGAAACGUCAACAGGCCUAUGGUCCAGCGUCUCCCGGAGCCCCAGGAUGUAGCAGACUGUCUGCAGGUUAACGCUUUUGACACACCGCCCUACUACUCCACCUCCUCCGAGAGCUUCAGAAACACAAUUGAAGGCUACAGCGCCCCCCAGGGGAACUACGACCCCGUGGUGAGGAGCCUUCACAACCUGGCCCAUCUGUUCCUGAAUGGCACAGGAGGGCAAACUCACCUCUCACCCAAUGACCCCAUCUUCGUCCUGCUCCACACCUACACCGACGCUAUAUUUGACGAAUGGCUGAGGAGACACAGUCCAGGCACCGCUGUGUAUCCUGAAGAAAAUGCCCCCAUUGGUCACAACAAGGGCUACAACAUGGUGCCUUUCUGGCCUCCGGUGACGAACGCCGAGAUGUUUUUGACCGCCCCUGAAAAUCUUGGUUACUCUUAUGAAGCCGUAUGGCCAGGUCAACCUUUCACCCUGACUGAAAUCAUCACCAUGGCAAUAGUCGCUGCCCUCGUGGUUGUCGCAGUCAUUUUCGCUGCCACCACGUGCGCCGUGCGUGCCAGGUCUUACAAGAUGGAGGGCCACCAGCCUCUGCUCGGGAAUCAGUACCAGCGCUACGAUGAUGAAAAAAGCCAGUCUGUAGUCUAAGAUUCGGUGCUGAGCCACACCUAACGAGUGGCUUCUCUUUGUUUAACACAAAGUGACACAAAUAUGCAGUUUGUUAAAGCCUGAAUCUGUUCUCACUGGUACUGGGGAGCAUGUGUAGAUCCUUGAUUAGGACAACGUGUUAAAAAGUAAUCUUUUGGCUGCAUUCAUGUCCAUUUAUCAAGUGGUGUUGUUAUUUUUUUCUUUACAAAGAGUCCAGAUUGGAACAAUUACAUUUACAUCCCCAAUGAACAUAAAGCACUCAAUGAAGAUGCAUUUUUUUUAAAUGGAAAAAAAACAGCAGUUUUUUAAGAUUUUUGUAAACAUUGUAAAGACUUUAAAAUUUUCAGAUUUUGGGACAAUUUGAAAAUGGAAAAUGUGUUCAAAUGAAGUGGACAUGAACAACUGAAAUGAUGGUGUGACAGCAACGCCACCAGGUGGUGCUGAUUCUAGUCAGGUUGGCUACCUUUUAAAAUGACAUGACAGUAUCAGCACUGAUGCCUUCUGUAGUUCAGUGUUUCCUUCAAUUAUCAGGUGAUCAGGUGUAAAGAAUGUAGAUAUUAAAAAGAGAUUCUGAAUGUUCUGUAACUUUUUGAACACAUUUUAAGUGAUCGAGUAAUACAGGAAAAUUAAUGAAAACAUACUCAGAUCUAUCACUUCUACCAUGCUUAUAGACUACAACACGUUCUCUGUUUAUCUGACUUCACUGUUUAGUUUAGUUGCACAAUGGCUUCAUAGCAGUGAAGUGUUUAUAAUUGCUUUAAAAUACACUGCCAAUGUAACAGAGCCAUAACGCCCACAAGGGGGUGCAAUAAUUAAAUUUCUGAAACUCUGCAUUUAUUUAUCCAGAGAUAGGUAGACAUAUGAUUUUUUUUUUUUUUAAAUGAUGUAUUAAGAUAAAUUGAUCCAAAAGAGCUAAAGUGUUAUUAAUGAAUGAAGAGAUAAGAAGAAAAAAACUGGGCUGGUGAUUCAGAUGAAAUGUAAAUGUAUACUCACUGAUAUGCAGCUUUUUUCUGUCUUUUCCUUUUUUUAUAUAUAUUUUAUGUUAAAUGGUCAUGAAUGCUAUUCUGUUUUUACAUUUUUACGUUUGCCAAAAUGUUGCUGGAUCUGGGUACAUGCCGAAUUAUUUAAAUGAUUAAAUUGUACACGCCUG